AUGGUUUCAGAUGGAAGACGGUUAUGGUUUACUAUGGAUGCCUUUAGGAAGGCAAAAUUCAAGGAUGAAGAUGUUGNUUGUAUCCUUGGAGCUAUAUCUUACAUCAAAUCCAUUGUAUUUCGAGCGUUCUGGUUUUCAUCUCUUUGGUAUUGUAUUUCGGGUAUGCUCGCCCGGAUUCGUAUCAAUGCAUUUCGUAUUGAUUUGGUUGGAGGCUCAUGUGGUGAAGACCUUCUUUUACUGGCUGCAGCUUCUGUUGAAAGUGAAGGUGCAGUUGGCCAUGCCGUUUAUUUGCUCCCAUCCUUCUACAAUCAUGACUGUGAUCCCAAUGCGCACAUAUUAUGGUUGCAGAAUGCAGAUGCAAGGUUGAAGACUCUUUGCGAUGUAGAAGAAGGGUGCAGAGCUACGAAUAUGUUAUAUAGAUGCAAGCAUGUGAUACGAGACUCGGAAAACAAUACUCUCUCAAAGGGUUUGGCUUCUGCUGCCAGUCCCACGACUGAUUAG